UGCAACUCUCUCGGAGCAACCACUCAAGCACAAGCAGUCAAGCAGUGGGACAGUCAAGCAAGCAAGCACAAUGUCGGACCAGGAGAAAAGGGAGAACCCGCCCGUGGAGGUGGAGGAAGACGACGACGAGCCGGAUGAAUGGGACAAGCGGAUCUUCAGCACCGGCUGUGCAGCGGAGCAAAUGAAAAUGAACGACUGCUGGUUCGAAAAGAAAGACUGGCGCCAGUGCCAGAGUGAGAUGGAAACCUUCCGCGAGUGCUGGAAACGUCAGGGCAACGACGAGCGCACACAAACCAAGGAUGCUUAAAUGAUACCGAUACCGAUACCACAGACCAUUUGUACAAUAGAAGAGAACUACUAAGACUCUCCACUUAUCCUCC